AUGAUGUUGCCCAUUGCUGAAGCCGAUGAAGAAGAUCAUAACAAUUUGUUAAAAGAUGUUGAAACUAUAACAAAAAGGCUUUCAAGGAAUUCAACAUCAUUAUCAUUAUUCAAAUCCAUAGAAAAUGAUCCAAAUUCAAAGCAUGAUAAAGAAGAUAACAAUUCGAAAAAGGAUAAGAAAUCAUCUAUAUGGAGUUGGAAGUCAUUGAAAGCACUUUCCUUGACCAAAAGUAAGAAAUUCAAUUGUUGUUUUUCUCUUCAAGUUCAUUUGAUUGAAGGAUUACCUUUGAGUUUCAAUGAUUCAACCAUUUGUGUGCAUUGGAAGAGGCGCGAUGAACAUUCGGUUACUCCUCCUGCGAAAGUGAUCCAAGGUGUUGCCAAGUUUCAAGAUAUUUUGAACUAUACUUGUUCGAUUGUUGGAAGUAAAAGUGGGUUUAACGAUUCUGCUAAGUAUGAAGCUAAGCAUUUUUUGCUCUAUGCUUCUGUGCUUGGUGUUCCGGAAAUUAAUUUGGGGAGUCAUCGUUUGGAUAUCACGCGGUUGCUUCCACUUUCGUUGGAGGAUCUUGAAGAGGAGAAAAGCUCGGGGAAAUGGAGUACGAGUUUUAGGUUAUCUGGAAAGGCGAAAGGUGCUGUGAUGAAUGUGAGUUUUGGGUAUAUGGUGGUUGGUGAUAACAGUAGUUUGGCUCCUAAUGUGUUGACUUCAAGGCAAAAUUGUAUGGCUCUGAGCGAAACGGAUGUGAAUCAAUGUCAGUAUCCGGCUCGGGUUAUAGAUGAGGUGAAGGAACUUCAUGAGGUAUUGACAUUGACAAAAUCAGCAAUGGCCAGUUCAAGGAAUACCUUAUGUAAGAAACUUGAUGACGAAGACGCAUGUAGUCCCCUACACAAGAAAGAUGAACCUUUACUAAAAGAGAAUCUCGAGCCGGUCAAAUUUGAUGUGUUUCAAGAAAACUUGGAGCAGGUUGAGUCUUUAAAAGAGAAAUUUUAUGAAUGUGAAUAUAAUGGAUUUUCUGUUGUUAAUCAUGGUGUUGGAUUUUCACCAAAUGAACAUGUUAAAGUGGAGGAAUCUAUUGUAGAAGCUAGUGUUGAUAGUUCUAAGGAUAGCUCUGUGGUACAUGAAUUUUCUGACAAAAGCAUUGAGUUAUGCACGAAAGAACUUCUCAUGCAAGAAAUAGAAUCAGCUUUAAAUAGUGUCUCGGAGUUAGAGACAGCCGCACUGGAAUCUCCUAAAGUUAUGGAAGUCAUAUCUGAAUGUAAAUUCAGUCAGUCACUCUGCUUGGAUGAUGCCACCGAACAAAUUGCCAGUGAAUUUUUGAGUAUGCUAGGUGUAGACAAUAGCCCAACAGGCUCUAGUUCUGAGAGUGAGCCCGAAUCUCCGAGAGAGCGCCUUUUAAGACAGUUUGAGAAGGAGGUUGGAUCUGAGGGCUUCUCUUUAUUUGACGUGGACAUAGGUUAUGAUGAUGAUGAAGACGAAGGAGAUUAUGGCGGUUAUGAUGCUUCUUUUGAAUUUGAGCAGGGGGAAUUCUCUACAGGUAUUACGCCACCAUCUUUGUUGCGUGAUCUGCAGAAAAGGCUUGAAUUUGAUGAUGUGAGGAGAAAACCAAAGGGCCAGAUACUUGAAGACUUGGAAACAGAAGCCUUAAUGCGUGAAUGGGGUUUCAAUGAGGAAGCUUUUCAGCAUUCUCCACCAAAAGGCUUUGCUGGUUUUGGAAGUCCAAUACAUCUACAUGAAGAACAUUCUAGAUUACCUCCUCUGGCAGAAGGGUUUGGUUCUUUCCUCAAAACAAAAAAUGGGGGAUUUCUAAGGUCUAUGAAUCCGUCACUUUUUAUGAAUUCUAAAAAUGGUGGGAGCUUAAUCAUGCAGGCUUCCAACCCUGUUGUUAUGCCUGCAGAAAUGGGUUCGGGGAUAAUGGAGACAUUGCAGUAUAUGGCAUCAGUCGGAAUUGAAAAGCUUUCGAUGCAGGCAAACAAGUAUAUGCCUCUGGAAGACAUCACAGGGAAGACAAUGCAACAAAUAUCGUGGGAAGCCAUGCCACGCUUAGAGGGAAAAGACAGGCAAUGGCAUUUGCAACAUGGUUUGGUUACGGAUAAAGGUUCUACCUGCGUGCAAAGGGACAUGAAAGGAUUGCCGUCUAGACUAAAGUCUGAUGAGUUUACUUCAAGUUCAAUUGGCAACCAGGGAGGUUCGGGUUUUUUUUCAUUGGAAGAUCUUGCUCCUUUAGCUAUGGAUAAAAUUGAAGCACUUUCAAUGGAGGGUUUAAAAAUACAAUCUGGGAUGUCGGAAGAGGAUGCGCCAUCAAACAUCAUUGCACAACAAUCCUUUAAAGAUCCUCCUGGUCUCCAACACAAGGGGGUUAACAUCGGUGGUUCUUUUGGCCUGGAUGGAGCUGCUGCUUUGCAGUUGUUGGAUAUUAAAUGCAGUGUUGAUGAAAUUGAUGGGAUAAUGGGAUUAUCAUUAACUCUUGAUGAAUGGAUGAGACUGGAUUCAGGUGAGAUUGAUGAUAUAGAUGAUAUCAGUGAGCAUACUCGCAAACUUCUUGCUGCACAUCAUGCCAACUCUUUCGAUGUAGUUCGUGAGAGUUCAAAGGGAAGGAAGAAACAUAGCAAAGGUCAUAGCAGGAAAUGCGGUUUGCUGGGAAACAAUUUCACAGUAGCACUAAUGGUGCAACUUCGUGAUCCUCUAAGAAAUUAUGAACCAGUCGGAAUAUCAAUGCUUGCUCUUAUACAAGUCGAGAGAGUGUUAGUCCCACCAAAACAAAAGAUUUACUUGACUGUGUCCGAGGUAGGGAACAAUAGUGAUGAGGAUGAUGAGUGUGAAAUAAAAGCAAAGCUAGACAAGAACGAAAACAAAGAGGAGAAAAGUACUAAAGAAAGUGGCAUUGCUCAGUUCAGGAUUACAGAAGUCCAUGUUGCAGGUCUUAAGAAGCUUCUGGGUACAUCAAAUAAGCAAAAGUCUGGUUCCCGUUGGUUGAUUGCAAAUGGAAUAAGCAAAAGCAACAAGAAUCCAUUGAUGAAUUCUAAGGCUGCUGCUAAAUUUGGUUCUCAGGCCAACACCACAAAAGUGCAACCCGGAGACAUAUUAUGGAGUCUAUCAUCUCGUAUUUUUGGUACUGGCACAAAGGAAUCAGGAGUACUCAAUCCACAUAUAAGAAAUCCCAAUAUCAUUAUACCAAAAUGA